CCCCCAUCUCUAGGCUUACCACUCCACUUUAAUGGACUCCGACACCAAGCUAAUUGGGAACAUGGCACUGUUACCCAUCAGAAGCCAGUUCAAAGGCCCAGCACCUCGGGAAACUAAGGACACAGAUAUUAUAGAUGAAGCCAUCUACUACUUCAAAGCUAAUGUUUUCUUCAAAAAUUAUGAAAUUAAGAACGAGGCUGACAGAACACUGAUCUAUGUAACCCUCUACAUUUCCGAGUGCUUGAAAAAGCUGCAAAAGUGUAACUCCAAAGGCCAGGGAGAGAAAGAGAUGUACACACUGGGAAUCACCAACUUCCCAAUCCCCGGGGAGCCUGGCUUUCCACUGAAUGCCAUUUACGCCAAACCUGCCAACAAGCAGGAGGAAGAGGUGAUGAGGGCCUACCUGCAGCAGCUGAGGCAAGAAACCGGCCUUCGCCUGUGUGAGAAAGUAUUUGAUCCUCAGAGUGACAAGCCCAGUAAGUGGUGGAUCUGCUUUGUGAAGAGACAGUUCAUGAACAAGAGUCUGUCGGGUCCUGGGCAGUGAAGAGGCAAAGUAGCAACAACAUUAAACAUUGUCACAGCAAGAUGUUUAGGUAUUUUGCCUUUGUUUUGGAUACAUUUUGUACCAAGGAAGAAUUAAGUGCUUAUGAAGAAAAAAAGAAAAAACCAAAAACCCACCAAAAAUCUAAUGAGGGAUUAGAGGCAGCAAAAUGAUUUGAGUAAUGUAAGCAAAUACUAUUAAGCUGGUGCUUAAUAAGUGAUUUCUAACAUGCUGUUUCAGAUCCAAGCUGCUUCAUUAUCAGUGGCUGCAGCCAGCAUUUAAAACGGGGCUUGUACUUAAAGAGAAGAGAUGGGUUUGCCUGUGUGGCAGGGGGAGCUGUGGGAUUGCUCUGCUGGCUAGAGUCUCAGUACUGUGUCCACGGAAAACACGCCUCUCACGCUGUGUUGUCGAGUGCAGUGGUUUUUACCUUGUUUUCAAUAAACUUGGCUUGUAAUUAAUGUGGUAA